GCAUAAUUCAAUGUUACUUAUUGCCGUUCAAUUUGGUAUUUUCUGUGCGUAAUGAAACUUAUAUUCCUCCUCCUACCGGCUAUUGCUCUCAGUUGUACCUCACGAGACAAAUACUUCAAGUUCGUGGACUAUUAUCCGGGCUCGCAAGACACUAAUGUCAUCCUCACUGCCCCUCAUGAUGGUUGGAUUAAACUCGAUUCAAUACCAGACAGGCGUCAGGGUUGUUAUGACAAUGUAACGAAGACGUGUAACUGGAGACACGAUUGUCCUGGAGAGCGCGUGACGGGGAAAUGUAACGCUGUAACAAACUCCGACCUACAUUCUUCUAUCCUAGCUAAACAGAUGAGAAAAACAAUAUCAGAGAAAACAGGGAAGACACCUCAUCUGGUGGUCAGUAGACUACACAGAUCAAAACUGGACCCGAACAGAUUUAAAGACGACGCUGCUCAGUACAACUCUGUGUCUGACCGCGCUUACGAUACUUUCCACGGGAUAAUCAAACGCGUACAUAACAUUUUGGCCGCACGAGGACCAGCAGUUCACUUUGACAUCCAUGGUUAUGUGACCCAUGCUACGGACAACUGGACCGAGAUAGGUUACAAUAUCCAGAGAUCGCGCCUCAACGCUGACAACUUUACGGAGGAGGAAUCCUCACUGCGCGCACUAGCUGCACGUGCAGCAGCACGUGGAAUACAAUUUGAUGAUCUGGUUCGUGGAGAGAACAGUCUAGGAAAACUGGUGCAAGACGAAGGGUUUAGAGUUGUACCCUCUCCCGAGUAUUCCCGUCCAGAGAUGGGAACAGAAGGCAAAUACUUCCGUGGAGGCUACAUCACUAGAAAAUGGGGUUCAUUGAACGGAGGGGAGAUAGACUGCGUUCAGAUUGAGUUCCCCCAGUGGAUCAGAGAUGAUACUGAAUUUUACGGGCCCAAACUUGGCAGUGCCAUGGCAACCUGGAUACAGAAGUAUUAUCCCAGUGACUAAUAAUAAAAAGAUGAUUUCAGAGAAUUAUUAAAAUACUAUUAUAUUCUCGCUGAUUGUGCAUGAUUUUUGUAAAAGAAACCUUUAU